AUGCCUUUUAACACUGGUGCUCUCCUUGCAGGCUCCCACUCCACCGUUUACAAGGACCCCAUGAUUCUUGUCGGCCCGGAGAACCUCACGCUGACAGUGCACCAGACGGCUGUGCUGGAGUGCAUCGCAACGGGCAACCCUCGGCCCAUCGUCUCCUGGAGCCGCCUCGAUGGCCGCCCGAUUGGCGUGGAGGGGAUCCAGGUGCUGGGGACAGGAAAUCUCAUGAUCUCAGACCUCACUGUGCAGCAUUCUGGCAUCUACGUGUGCGCUGCCAACAAACCCGGCACUCGGGUGCGAAGGACCGCUCAGGGCAGGCUGGUUGUACAAGCCCCGGCAGAGUUUGUCCAGCAUCCCCAGUCCAUUUCCAGGCCUGUGGGGACAACUGCCAUCUUCACGUGCGUGGCUCAAGGGGAACCCCCUCCGCAGAUCACUUGGCUGAGGAACGGGCAGAUCCUGGAGACCAGCGACCACAUCAAGCUGAAGAAUAACAACAGCACUCUCUCCAUCUAUGGGAUCAACCAGGCGGAUGAAGCCAUCUACCAGUGCAUCGCCGAGAACAGUGCCGGCUCCACGCAAGCCAGCGCUCGCCUGACGGUCCUGUGGGCUGACGGGCUGCCUGGUCCUCCGCAGAGCGUGAAGGCUGAGACGGUCUCUGCAACCACCAUCCAGGUGUCUUGGAAGGAGCCUCUGCAGAACACGAAGGAGAUCAUCGGCUACGUGCUGCACAUCCGGAAAGCUGCAGAUCCCGUAGAGAUGGAGUAUCAGGAGGCUGUUAGCAAGAGCACCUUCCAGCAGCUAGUGACUGAUUUAGAGCCCUCCACCAGCUACAGCUUUUAUAUAAAGGCUUACACCUCCCGGGGGGCCAGCAAAGCCUCAGACGUCACGGUGGUGAGCACGCUGGGAGAAGUCCCAGCCAUGCCAUCCCUCUUUAUUAAAGUCAUCAACAGCACAGCUGUCCAGGCUAUGUGGGAGCCCUCCAUCAAACUGGGCCAGCACAAAGGCUUCAAGCUGUACUACCGCAAGGUCCACCUCGCCCAGUACACGGGUCCGGUGCUACUUCCCAGCAACGUCACGGCGUACAACAUUACCCACCUGGAUGCGUCGGUGGUGUACGAAGUCAAGCUCCUCGCCUAUAACCAGCACGGGGAUGGAAAUUCCACCGUCCGCUUCGUGUCCUUGAGGGAAACUGUGGAGAGGACAGUGCUGAAUCCCCCUUGUGACUGUAUGAAGGACGAGCAGAACAAUAAAACCUCCACGACCGGCAUCAUCAUUGGGAUCCACAUCGGCGUCACCUGCAUCAUAUUCUGCGUCCUCUUCCUCAUGUUUGGGUACCGAGGCAGGCUGCUGAUGUGCAAAAACGUGCAGGAGCAGCUGUCAACCCCGCAGGUCCCCAGGAGCCAGCGGAGUGCCACGGGCCUUGUCCUCAAUGGGGCCGCUCGCCGGGAUGACCGGGACUUGAACGGAAAGCAGCUGGAUAUGAAUGAGCUGGAGAGAUUAUUCCCAGCAUCCCCCUCCCAGGAGCAGCAGGAUAAGGGAAUAACGGUAAGUCCAGCGGGAUGGGAGCUAU